CUAACCCAAAAAAUUGGCCUUUUUCACAGUGGAUCUGAUCUCGUCUCUCUGACUUGUUUGCACGGCCAGACCUCAUUAGAAAGUCUAAAUUGGCUUCAUUUUCAAUGCAUAGCAAAUUUGACCUGGUUAAUUGGUGCUGGCAGAUCCUUAUUUAAAUUCAUUAUAAGAGAUUAAAAACGAAGCACAGGUCAAAAUGUUAACAGCGCCUCAGAGGGAAGACAGAGAAGAUGUGACAAGAUGUGACAAUGUAAAUAAAGGCCAAGGUUGAUGUCUUACAAGUUGCGGCUCAUUAAUCAGCUCAGGAUAAACGGACAGGAAGAGAGAACAUAAGGCUGAGUUCAUUUAAUCUUACUCAUCGUAAGAAAAUCUCCUCAGGUCGAACGUCAGAGAAACAUCAUGUCAAAAGACAUUGACAGAAAUCAGGUGUUGCAAAACAUCAGGGUGAGAAAAUCAACCAAGAAGGACUGCUGGUGGAUCCAAAGUUCUAACAAUGACAAGGUAGUUUCUGAAGCGAAACAGGAACCUGCUCCAGCGAUAAAGAAUUCAUUGGUCCAGACGAGGAUCAAAAGAUUCCAGCCUUCAGCUAAUCAGACAAACAAUGACGUUGAUUCUAUUAAACCUGAUGAUUCGACUGAGGAAACAAGAAAAAAUUCCACGAGGAAUACAAAACGCCAAUCACCAUCCAAACAAGCACAAGAGCAACAGCCAGUCAUAAACACAAACAAUGAAAAGAAGGAGGUGGAAUUAAAAGCACCAGCUGGCGAGUCCAAUGUGGAGCAGAACGGGGAGGAUGUUAAGGUCUCUGCAGAUGUAAAUAAUGAAGAACAAAUCCAACCAGUUUCUUCAGAAAAUGGUAAAGUUGAUGCAGCAGAACCACCACCUGCCCAUAAAACUGCAGAAGUCAAAGAACAAAACCCUGACACUGAUUAUCAGGUUUCCCGUGAUCUUGGGGUGAAAUCAGGUGCAACAGGCACUGCAGAGAUUCCUGCUCCACCUCCAGAAGCUUUGAUCAAAACAGACACAAGUAGUUUGGAGGACGGAGGGGAGACAGUAUCCACGCAAACUACAGAGGGAAGUCGAGAGAAAUCCCUGCUACCUGCAGAAGAAAUUGUACCCGCUGCCUCUCCGUUUAUUGUGAACACUGCUACCCCGGAUGAAGACAUUCCUCCUCAAGCCAGCGUGGAACCUAACAUGCAGUUUGAUUCUGUAAGCAAGUCACCUGCUCAGCCUGGAAAUGAAACACCUGCAGAGGCCAGUAGUGAAAAACAACCCCCAGAGCAAGUUGACAAUGAAACUGUUGAAGCUGAGGUUGAGGCGGAGGUGGAAACCCCCGAUGUUGAUAAUGCAACACCCCGUGAGGAGGCUCCUCCACUUAACAGUGUGCAACCAGUCGCCUGUACUCUACCCGAGUCACACGAUGAAAUCCAGGCAGUUGACAAUAUUGUUGUUGAACAAAGUGUUGAGCCAUCAUUUGGAGAUAAAGUACAUUCCAUGGAUUUGAACAUUGAAGAUGCUCUUAAACCCAUACCGACUGCAGAUCCUGAAGCUGUUCAGGAUAGUUCAGAUUACAGACCCAUUAAUCUGACAGAUGCCCUGCAUGUGGAGGCACCCCAAAAAGAAUCUGUUCCUAAAACUGAAGCUCAAGAACAGCCUCAUCAAGAGGAACCUAAUCCCCAGCCUGACGAUGCUAAAGUUUCUGAAGGCCUUCAGAAGCCUGCAGAAGAACUAAAUUCAACCCAGGUUUUUGAAAUAUCCAGUGACGGAACCCCUUUUUGCUCUUACUGCAACAAAAUAAUUGAUGGGAACGUGAAGAUCACUUUGAGCGAACCGCCCAUGGUAUGCCAUGAAGAAUGCCUCAAGUGCGGCGUUUGUGCUAAGGCCCUGGGAGAAAUGCCGAUUGCCAUGUUCUUGCUUGGCAAAGUGAUCCACUGUGGAGACUGCUUUGAAACAGCUCUUAACUUUUGAAUUCUGCUGGCGGAAAAUACUUUGUCACCAAGCUUAGAGUGAAUAAUGUGCUCUCUGAGAAUCUCCCCGGUUUUGCCCUUGAUCUGUACACUGUUUUACUGAAUGUUUUCUUUCACUGAAAAGGAGGACAUGGUGUGAUGUGAUGUUUCAAAAUCGUGUAUUUACAAAGAAAUUACACAGUGCUAAUUACCACAGAUGUUUGAAUGAAAUGCUCCAUAAUCAGCAUAAAUUAUUUUAAUGCCAUGUACAGGAUGUGAUUAAAAUAAAAUUACAAUCAAA